AUGGCUAGAACAAAAUAUCAUUACUACGAAUUUGGCAAUAAAACAAGCAAACUACUGGCGUGGCAGAUAAAAAAAGAGGACAAUGAAAAAUUUAUUCAGAGUAUUAAAACGGAUGAUGCAAUCAUCCCCCUUUUGAGUUCAAAAAAGCAACUUUCUACAAUGACAUCAAAUCCUUUAAUUUUAACUACCUACAAUGCAUGGCUUCAGUUACACACUCUCUUGAACAUUAAGAUACAACUGUCGGGUAACACACCACGUAAGGAUAACCCCAGCAUCCCCCAGCCUAUAGCACAUGGUAUAUUACAAACUUGGGUCAGAAAAGGUAUUAGGUCAGUUGGCAACCUUUAUAUCAAUAAUGUCUUUGCCAGCUUUGAUCAACUAUCUGAAUUUUAUGACUUGCAUAGGCACAAUUAUUUCAAAUACUUGCAGAUCCGACAUUGGAUUAAGAGCCAAACAGUAGAAGUAUUUCCAAAUAAACCAGAGGAAACUCUGCUUGAAUCGUGCUUAUUAGAUCCUAAACGUACCACUACAAAAGGACUUAUUUCAUGUGUUUACAAAAUUGUUCUUGACUCUUCACCAGCUUAUGACAAAUACUCGAAAAAAUCUAAAUGGGAGUUGGACUUAAACUGCAACUAUGAUGACAAUAGCUGGAACAGAUUACUAAACUCAUCUCAAACCAUAUUAACAUCAACAAAACAUAGGCAAAUUCAAUUUAAUAUCCUUCACCGCAUAUACUAUACCCCAUAUAGGUUGAAUAAGCUGAAUGCUAGUAUCACUGACAAAUGCCAACGGUGUAGGAUAUCUGUAGGGGAUCUUCUUCAUAUGCUUUGGAAUUGUGCACGCUUGCAAACCUACUGGAAUAAUGUAAUUCAGGUAACAUCAUCAGUUUGCGGGCUUUCUUUAGAACCUGACCCGAAGAUCUGGAUACUUGGAGAUGUUAUGUCUUUGAAAUUAAAUUCUUGUAAGAAAUACUUUGUUUUGUUAGCAUCAUCUGCAGCAAAAAAGUGUAUACUUAAAAAUUGGAAAUCUAUGGAGCCCCCAAACCAGAAACACUGGAUCAACGAACUGUUGUCGUACUGCACUCCUGAAAAAAUUCUCCAUUCAGUGCGGGGGACGUUGACUAAGUACGACCGGAUAUGGACUCCCUUCCUGGACACUCUAACUACCCUAGACCUGAGAGACUGA